CGCUGAUUUGAUGCUUUUGUAGCGGUUAAGACGCCUCACACAAUCAAAACAACGUAACAAGGCGCUUAAGAUACGGGAAAGCCGCAGAUUUCAACCACCAUGCCUGUGGCAGCCACCAGCACUGAGCAUGCAGUGCCACAGGUGCUGGACACUCUGAGUGACAGCACCAGCUCAACCACUGCCAAUGACCUGGACCUCAUCUUCCUCAAGGGCAUCAUGGAGAGUCCAGUGAGUGCAGAGAGUCUAGAGGAGGCACGUCUGGAGGCCGUGAGGGACAACAACGUUGAGCUGGUGCAGGACAUCUUGCGAGAGCUGAGCCCCUUCACAAAUCGCAGCAACACUGCCGCAGAGCUCUCUCGUAUCCUCAACCAGCCCCACUUCCAGUCUUUGUUGGAGACCCACGACUCUGUGGCCUCUCAGACGUGUGAGACUCCACCUCCAAGCCCCUGUGCUUUCAUGGAGCCGCCCAUCAACAGUGUACCAGUGCCAGCUGAUGCCAUACGCAUGGUGGGCAUCCGCAAAGUGGCUGGAGAGCACUUGGGUGUCACUUUCCGUAUUGAGAAUGGAGAGCUGGUGAUUGCACGCAUUCUCCACGGAGGGAUGAUCGAUCAGCAGGGCUUGCUCCAUGUGGGUGACAUCAUUAAGGAGGUGAAUGGGAAGGAGGUGGGUGGCGACCCACGUGUUCUUCAGGAGAUGCUUCAGGAGGCCAGCGCCAGUGUGGUGCUCAAAAUUCUUCCCAGUUAUCAGGAGCAACACCCACCCAGACAGGUUUUUGUGAAGUGCCAUUUUGAUUAUGAUCCUGCCAAUGACAACCUCAUCCCUUGCAAGGAGGCAGGACUACAGUUCACUAGUGGAGACAUUCUACAUAUUGUUAAUCAGGAGGAUGUGAACUGGUGGCAGGCCCGUCGUGUAGAGGGAGGCAGUGCCGGCCUGAUUCCCAGUCAACUUCUGGAGGAGAAGAGGAAAGCUUUUGUGAAGCGAGAUGUAGAGCUGUCACCAGCAGUCAAUCUGUGUACUGGAAUGGUUGGCAAAAAGAAGAAGAAAAUGAUGUAUCUGACUACAAAAAAUGCAGAGUUCGACAGGCAUGAGUUGCUCAUUUAUGAAGAGGUAGCAAAAGUACCUCCAUUUUGCAGAAAGACGCUGGUUCUGAUAGGUGCACCAGGAGUGGGCCGACGAAGCCUGAAGAACAAGCUGCUUGUGUCAGAUCCUCAGCACUACGGCACCACCAUUCCCUACACCUCCAGAAAGCCCAAAUCAGCAGACAAAGACAAUACGAUGUAUGCAUUCACAUCCCGCAGUAAGAUGGAAGCUGAUAUUAAAGAUGGGUGCUACCUUGAAUAUGGUGAAUAUGAUGGUAACCUCUAUGGCACCAAGAUUGACUCCAUCCAUGAAGUAGUGGAGGCUGGCCGCAUCUGCAUCUUGGACGUCAACCCACAGGCCCUAAAGGUCCUCAGGACAUCAGAGUUUUUGCCAUAUGUGGUGUUCAUCAAAGCCCCUGAUGUUGAGGUGCUUAAGGAAAUGAAUAGGUCUGGGAUCGAGGCAGGAGUGGCGACCAAACGCCUAACAGACAUAGAGCUGAAGAGGACAGUGGAUGAGAGUGCCAAAAUUCAGCGAGUGUAUGGACACUACUUUGACCUCACCAUAGUAAAUGACAAUUUGGAUCAGGCAUACCAGAACAUCAAGGGCUCCUUAGAAAAGUUAAAGGGAGCUCAGCAGUGGGUUCCAGUUGGGUGGGUCUUUUAGAGAUAAACCAUCAUGGAGUUCAGCACAACAACUAUUGGUUGUUUCAUGUGAGAAUUAAAAAUAGUGCCACCCGUUUCAUAUCUUUAGUGCCAAAGGUAGACACUGAUUAUGUUACUGGUCAAAGAGAUCUGUCUCUUGUAUGAGUGCAUGUGUGAGUGUGUAGAGUUACCACCUCCAAUUUUCUAACAAGGCUACAUCCUGAUGGUGUGCAACAAAAUAUUGUGCCAGAAUUUAGCCACAAUCUCAUCUUUGUAUUUACAGUAUAAGCAGUGUUUCAGUUCAGAGUUUCAGUUUAAACACAUAUUUGGAAUUACAGAUAAUGUUUUGAGUCAUAAAUACAUAUAUUAAAGGUGAAGUGUGUAAUUUUUGUCAAUGAACAGAAUUGCAAAAAUAAUUUUUUAUUAUUUGGCUGGUUUCAAAAAAAAAUCCAGAACACUCCCCCUGAAAACCAACAUUCCAAACGUAAGUUUGGGAGGAGCUUGUUCAUCUUGACCAACCAAUGAUAUCUCAAGAAUAUAUAAGCAGCUGCUUUCCUCACACUGGUGACAUUUCUUCCAACCUUGUCUCAUAGAAUGAACAUUACAAAACGUUACAUUUUGCUGCAGUUUCCUGGUGAAAUGAACACAAGAGGCGCUACAUCAUCUGGUGCGUUUUAUUCAGUCAAACAAAUCACAAAUACAAUUGCUGAUUAUGACUUCAUAAAAACGUUAAAUGAUUUACCCCCCACUAUGUUAUGAUAUCAAAACACUUUUGCUUUAAUGCAUGAUUUAAAAUGCGAUACAUUUUAACACUUAGACACACUAGACCCACCUAGAUAUACACUUAUUCCUACACUGUUAGGUUGUUUGGUAGCUCACUUUAAAUAGCGUUGGACUUUGAACUAUACGUCUGCAGUUCGUACGACUGUACUGCUUCGGUCAAUUUAUUUCUUUAUUUUAUUUAAAUUUUAUUUUAAACACUAUCAGUAAGGGUUAGGUGUCGAUUAAGGGUAAGGAUGUCCAUUUUGUUAAACUCUCAUUUAUUUUUAUGGACACUAUUGGUUAGAUUUAGGGUAAAGUUUCAGGUUAGAGAGGUAUGUUUUACUUAUUAAAACCUCCAUCUAAAAUUCACCUUAAAACCCUUGUCUGAUUGCAACCUUACUUUGCUCAGUUUUGGUGCCCCCCUCUGGUCAUUUCACUUGAAAACUGCAGCAAUGUGUAAUGAAGCACAUUAUUUCAGAUUUGCAAAAACAUUGCAAUGUUCACUUAAAUUUAAUAAGACUGGGCUAAAUUCUUGUGGGAUAUCUCCACCUUUAUAUUUUAUAACAGCUAUAGCAAUUCAUAUUCAAAAUUGUCUUUCCGUUUCUUUAGUCAGAUAGUCUGGAAAGGGGACGGGGGGGACAAGGAAUCACAGAGCUCAACCCCAGUUACAUGAUUAAGCCCCUCCAUUAUGGACAGCACGCAGAAUCCAUUUACUUCAAUGCGCUCCAGGACUACAUGAACCAGUGAACUUGUGAAACAUUUUUCAGGGGAAUCAACCUACAAAUGGCUUGCUUAUAUUUAUCUCUGGAUAUUGAGCUGGAAUUGGGAAAAGUGCUUUAUCAUUAAAAAAAAUUACACACAUCACCAUUUACAUUUUUUUGGGGGUUUUGCUUCACAAUCCUAAAUUAGGUAUUUACAGAUUUGUAUGGGUGGUAGGCUGAUUGGACAGUGUUUCAGCUCUGAAUUCUAUUUUUAUUAUAAGGCUCUAUUUUGUGUGAGCUCCUACUGGUACGUCACCUUUUUUACAGUUUUUUUUUUUUCAUAAACAUCCACAAUACAGCACUAUUUUGUCUACAUCUUGUGACAGAAUAUACUGAAAUGUGAAUGGUCAGACUCUGAGAGCACACUGACUGGGGUAUAGUAAUAGAAAAAGUAGGCAUUGCAUAGAAAUUAUUUUUUGAUACACAGAUACUUACCUCACUGUGUAAACACUGACAGAAUGCAGUCAUGUAUUUAUUUUUUUCAGACGGCUGUUUUUUAGCGCAUCAUAUCCAGUUAAGUCAACUAUAUAUUUCCAUAUCCUCAUACAAACAUAUGACAAUAAUUUUUUUGGAAAGGUUCGAGAGACCAAAUAUUGCUUUUACCCCUUGUUUAGAAAAAAAACAUGUGAAAUGAAGACAAGUACAGUGCUAGAGCAUGACAUUUGAGACCUGUUUAUAAAGAUCUAUGAAGAUACUGUUGGUGUAAAAUGUAGUCACUGCAUGUGUCUGUGUAAUGCUGUUCUCUGCUCUGCAAACAUCAUGAUGUAGUUAUUCAUAUUUCUGUGCAUGCUUCAUUGAUGACUAUAUAUCUUUUUCUUAAAGGCAAAUUCUCUCUACUUUUGUAUUUUAUGUAUUUUCUUCAAGUGAUAAUUUAUAUUAAGUGAUUAUCAUUCAUGCCAAUAUUUGGCUUGAAAACUGGCAGCUAUUGCUUAUUGUUUUUUAUUAUUUAUAUUUAUGUGUAUGGUGUUGGAAUCAGGAUUUGAGUUUUGAUAUUACAUUUUUUUACAUUUAACAUAAUGGUAGAGUAUAAGAUAGAGGCAAAUGUAGUCAUCAUAUUUCUCUUAAAUAAAUCAGUGUAUGGUUUGAAAAACAGUCUGUAAAUUGCCCAAUGUCUGAAAUAAAAUGUU